AUGCCCGCAACAGCAGCCACCCUCACCCUCCUCAUCCCUUUCCUCUUCACUCUGUCCCACUCAACCAAAUUCACAAUCACAAACCAAUGCCCCUAUACUCUCUGGCCGGCUUCCAUCCCCCCCGCAGCCCAAAAACUAAGCCCAAACCAGACAUGGACUCUUAACAUCCCCUCGAACUCAACGGGCAGCAUUUGGGCCCGAACCAACUGCACCUUCGGCCCAACCGGCCACGGCUCAUGCUCUACCGGCGACUGCAGUGGCCUCUUCCUCUGCAAAUCCCAUGGUUCCUCUCCGACCACCAUCGCCGAAUUCGCUCUCAACCAAUUCGGCGGCCAAGAUUUCUUUGACAUCUCGCUCGUCAACGGAUUCAACGUGCCGAUGGUCUUCGGACCAACGGCUACCGGGUGUCGUAAAACCCGGUGCACGGGAGAUAUUUUGGGUAAUUGUCCGAGUGAGUUGAGGGUUGAUGGAGGGUGUGAUAGCCCGUGUGACGUGUUUAAGACUGAGGAGUAUUGCUGCAGUUCGGGCAGUUGCGGGCCGACAAAUUAUUCGCAGUUUUUUAAGAUGUAUUGUCCAGAGGCGUUUAGUAUUCCGGCGCCGGAUGGUGGAGCCAGUACGCUUACGUGCAAGUCUGGGACUGAUUAUGUUCUUGUGUUCUGCCCCUGAGUUUAGGAGUACAAAUUUUAUCAGUGCAUUUUGCAUGCAAUCAUAAUGUUCCGAGCUAUAAAGAAUGCAUUUGAGAUUUAUAUAUGGAGAUUCUGAUAAAAUUUGUACCCUUAGGCUAAAGGGAUUGGGUGCUAAUUGACAGAGUUAAGCUUUCUAGGUUAGGAAUAAAUCCGAGCUUAUUUUGGUGAGAAUAUGUACGUAAUAAGGGAUACUGUAUUCUCUUUCAGUAAUACAUAAAUAAAUAAAUAAACUAUGAAGUCAUG